CUUCGAAAGCAAGUUCAUGGCUCGGGGCUCGGGAUAUCUUAUUUUUGCUGUUGUGAGCUGAAAACUGGAUUAUUGCAUGUUCCUUUGAUCAUUUCCAAUGUCUAAUUUACAUCCUCAAAUGGUAAAACCUUAAUAGUUCAACUAAUAAAUCAGAUCAGGAUGGCGGAGCUGGAGGGUUUGAAGAAGGUGCUGCGGGCGGUGUUGGUGUCGUCGGCGAAGACGAUGGACGCGCAUUCACUGGUGCGCGACUACAAGCGCAUGAUGGGCGAGUCGCUGCCCGUCGCCAAGUACGGCUUCCGCAACGACCCUGUGCAGUUUCUGCGGGAACGCUGCUCCGAUUGUUUUGUGUUUACGGGGCCGCAGGACAAUCCCACACUGACCCUCAUUGUGACGGACUCCAUCAAACACAUUGACCAGCUUGUCCAGAGCCAAAAGUCUUCAUUUCCUAGUUCAAUGAAACGGAGAAGCGUGCCAGAGUCCAAAGUUAAAAAAACACAGCCUAAUCUAAUAGCAGCCACAAGCAACCAAGAAACCCACAGAACACCAAAUGGCAGACCAAUGACCAGACUCAACAGAGGAUACACAGAAAGAGAGCCACCAACAGAACCUAGGAAACAGGAACCAAUGGCACGAUACACGGAACCUUGGAAACCGGAACCAAUACCACAAUAUUCAGCACCUAGGAAAUCGGAGCCGGCUCCACAACUAGUCACAAAGCCUGUUAGCAUGACUCCAAGACCUAGUGCCAAGCAGGAUGAGUCGAAAUGUACAGAUGCCCCAUCGGCUAAGGUGGAGACAUUAAGCAACGGGCACAGCGAGCAUGAAGAAGAAGACUCGCACCAGCGGUUGCAGCGGUUCAUGAAGAAGCGGAUGGCUUGGUACCAGUCGCAGAAGCUCGGCAGCAAAGAGUCGCUCCGGGACGAUGAUUCGGGCCGGCAGACUUGCUCCAGCCUCAGCGAGCGAUCGGCGACGGCGUGGUCGAACCUGCAGUCCGAGAUACUGCGGCUGGUGUCGCGGCGACCUGAAGGCCUCUGGUGCAGCGAGCUGCUACGGCUGUAUGAAGAGGAAUAUGGUCACGAGCUAAACUUCGCUCGCUUCCGCUAUCCAUCAGUGUCAGCGUGUGCGUGCGCUGUGGAAGGGUUAAGUGCGCAACGAUCCCCUGACGGCAACUGGCUGCUUACCAUACAAGGAGGACCGGAGCAGAGCAAUUGUUGCGAGUCGGCACUACGGCUGCGUCGAGUUCCGCGAAGCUCCUCGCUCAGCGCGAGCAAACACGCCAGUCGCACGCUACUCGACGCAGAUGACGCUCUACCUGGCAUAGACUAUGGGGGCAAGUGCCCCGGGCGCCAUCCAAGGGGGGCGCAAAAAUGGGCAAAAGGCAGCAGCAGGGAAACUUUGUCAGUCGUCAGGGGGCGCAAAUUUGCAACACUACGCCUGCGUCGAGUUCCGCGAAGCUCCUCGCUCAGCGCGAGCAAGCAAGCCAGUCGCACGCUACUCGACGCUGAUGACGCUCUUCCUGGCAUAGACUAUGACCCAGACGUGUUCCCCUCCGACUGCCUGAGCUUCCUGGAGAGCAUCCCACGGGGCAGCCUGUCCGGAGUGGCCCCCGGAGACAUGCUGCCUGUAGUGGUGGCCGAGGUGUACUCCCCGAGCCACAUGUGGCUGCAGCGGCUGGGGCCCGAGCACGAGCUCAUGCAGGAGCACAUGGACCAAAUGACGGAGUACUACUCGAAGGGCGAGGGGAUGGACCGCGUGCUAGCCGCCGGCGCCCGUCGGCCGGGGCAGUACUGCAGCAGCGUGUUCGAGGGAGACUGGCACCGGUCGCUCAUCGUUCAGAUUGUUGACAGUGAUACUGUCAAGGUGCUGCACGUGGACUACGGGACGGUGGACACGGUGUCGGCCUCGUCGCUGCGGCCGCUGAAGCGCGCGUGGGCCUCGCUGGAGGCGCAGGCGGUGCGCGCGCGGCUCGCCGGCCUGCGCCCCGCCGCCGCGAGCCGGCGCUGGCCGCGCGCCGCCGCCUCCUACUGCCUGGACCUGGUGCGCGAGCGCAAGCUCGUCGGCAACGUCGUGGCCGUGGACCCCGAGGAGAGCAUCCUCGAAGUGUUGCUGAUCGACACGUCGACGGCCGAGGACGUGAACAUCACGGAGCAGAUGAUCCGCGCCGGGCACGCCGACGCGCGCUCCCUGUCCGCGCUCGGGGCGCGAGACGGCUACCUGCUGCCCACCUUCCACGCGCUCGAGAACGGCCUCACGCCCAACUACACCGAGAUCUACGCGCUGCUGCGCGACGGCAUCGCGCUCGACUACGUCGACUCCUACCGGAACCACGUCGCGGCUCUGUUGCCGACCUCUAGCGACGACAGCUGCGAGCCGCUCGAGGAGGCCGACGCCGACGAGCGCACGAGCGAGCUCGGCUGCAGCCCCCCGCCUUCCCCGCCCUCUGCGCUGGCCGCCAAUCGAGUGCCGAUGGCGCUGUCGCUCCUCCGUCUCGCUCCCUCUCCGCCGACGGAGGAGCUCCUGCAACUCAGCCCGGAGCCGUCGCCCGCCCCGAGCUCCACCCCCACCCCCGCCGCGUCGCCGCGGGGACACUCGGCCGGGCUAGACUCGCCCGUCCCGGAGCUUCAGGAGCGUUGCAUGACCCCGGAAACCCCCGGCCCCGUGCCUGUGCCCCCGGAGCCCCCCGCGCCUGUGUCCCCGAAGCCAGCGGCCCCGGCCCCGCCCCCGCCGCCCGCCGCCCCCGCGCCCGCGCCCGCUACACCCUGCGGCGCCCGCUCGUGUUGCGCCACACCGCACCCCGCCUCGUUCUACGCGCUCCCGUACUGCCAGUGCCCGCAGCCCUACAAGCCGCAGCCGGUUUCUGUACCCGUGGUCCCCCACUACUCGCCCGGCUACUUCCGCCCGCGCGUGUCCCCGCAGCAGUACUAUCCCCAGUUCAGACCGCCGGUCAGUAUGAACUACUACGGCCAGCCGGUUUUCUAUCAGCCGAACCGAGAUUUUCCGGUCGCGCAACACCCUCAAAAUUUUGUAGCGAAUUCGGCACAGAAUGUCCAACAGUUCGUUCCGAACUCGAUUCAAAAUCCUCAGCAGGUCGUACCGAAUUCGACGCAAAACUUCAGGCCAUACCCGGGACCGAAUCCGCAUGGCUUGGGGCCUAAUUCGCCGAAUUUCGGAUCUAACCCCGUACCAAAUCCGGCUAUCGUCGGGCCUGCACCUAAUCAGCAAUAUAAUGGCGCCAGUUCACCAAAUCUGCAAUCCACGAGCCCCGCGCGGAACGGCCCGCUAUCGGCAAACUGCGGUUCGGGGCCGCUCCGAGCGUCGUCAAACUCUUUAAACGGCGCGGACGGUCCCUCCGUGGUGUUAAGCGCAGAGGAGUGCAAGAUAUUCAAGUUGCUUUCCGGCGUAGACCCGGGCGCGGCGCACGGCUACAUGCUCUCGGCGCUGCGGCGCGCGCGCGACGAGGCCGAGCGGCCUCCGGGCCCCGGCGGCCCCGCCGGCCCCGGCCUCAACCCCGGCGGCCUCAACCCCGGCCUCAACCCCGACGCGCGAGAGUACCGCCCCACCUGCCGGCCGCCGCCAGGUUUUGAGAACUUUAUUAAAUAGCGCGUAUCGAUCACGUUAAGCUCACUAUUGGUAAACCUUAUUGCGAGGACGUAAGGACUACCGACUACCGAUGGUCAGGUGAGUGUUGUUAAUGUUCCCGCGACCGCCCUACCUCAACCGUUGCGAAGUAUACGGGCCCCUGCUGCUCUUGCGAUAGACCGACGUCCGAAUAAGAGUCCAUCCGAGUUAACUUUGCACUAAAUAUAAUAUACUUAACAAGGGUAGUGUCACAUUUAGAUUACACACGUGAAGCAGAGUUGGCUUGAUCCGACUUAGUAAUAACUUUAUAACUGACCUUUUUUACGAUAAAUAAAAGUUUGUGCCUUACUUAUACGCUUCAAUGUCGUACCUACAUUAGUUUAGCAUCGAAAUAUAUUAGGUAACUAUAAAAGCUCAGUUAAGUGUGUUACUUACUCAUACCGAAAUCACUUUAGUCACUCAUGUCGUCCCCGCUCACCGCUCCGCCCGACCUCGUAUAACAACCUACAGUUUAAAUACUCUUCGACUAUAAUCCAUAGUCUUGUAAAAAUUCGAUUCGAUUAGAUAGCUUAUUAGUAUUUUGAUAUGUUGUAUAAGUAUGGCGCGCCUAGACAGCAGGGUCGAAACAACCCGUGAUCUUCGCGAGGCAGAAAAGAUGUCGACUGAUUAUUGUUUAUAAUAAAUACCUUAAUCCGCGACGCGAGAAUGUCGUGACUAAAAUUGUGAUUGUAAGUAUUUCUGGUCAUUAAAUGGCGCCCUAGUGUAAGAAAUUCGAUUUGAAAUGAUAAUUUGACAAAUGAAUCCCUUUUGAUUUAACUUUUUUUUGUUCUUCCAUUUUGACUUAAGUGUUCAUUUGUUUUUUUUUUACAUACUUGUCCGCAAGUAUCCUACUUUUAUAAUGUUGAUAUUAAUAGUUUAGUAUAAAGUAUUCUCUCUACCUGUUAAUGUUUUCCGCAUUUGACUACUGUUACAAAUAUUCUAUCUUGUUAAUUGGAAAUUGACAUAGAAUUUAUCAAUAAGUAAAUAUCUGAGAUAAGGCUUGUUUGCCACAAAUAUAAUUUUAGAAAGUUAGAAAAAAUAUAUAUAUUGACAGCAACUCGUCUUAAGUUUGAGAGCCAUUGUUGAUUGGAUCUGUGAUAGUAGCCUGGGUGUGUCGUGCCAAGAUAACCUGGACCACUGGACUAUUGUAAUAACUUUCUCAAUAAACGUUAAUUAAUAUU